AUGGACGCUGCUUUAGAUGGCACUGGUCGUAUCAUCCUGCUCUACUCUGGCUAUGUCAUAGAGCCAGGAACCCGUGACCAUGAGUAUCAGGCAGGAUGGAACCGCGAGCACGUGUGGCCGAGAAGUAAAGGGGGUCUGUCGACAUCGCAGCCGGGACCGGGGACGGACUUGCAUAACCUGCACGCGGCAGACAUCAGCGUCAAUGCCGAGAGGGGCAACAAGGACUUCGACGACUUAGACGAGGGCCAGGCCGGGGUGCGAGUGGUCACGGACCCCUCGCCGGCCCCGGGGUACCAAGACAUGAAGCGCCUUUGCCUGGUGGCUGCGGACGCCUGGGAGCCAUCGGACUUGGCAAAGGGCACGGUGGCGAGGGCGCUGAUGUACAUGGCCUGCAUGUACCAUGGCAAUGGCCUUCGCUUGGUGGAUCGCGUCGGCACUGAGACCCGGUCCAUGGAGCUGGGGAAUCUCAAGGCCGUCAAGAAGUGGGCGCAGCAGUUUCCGGCCAGCAACCGGGAGAAGAACCGCAACGACCUGGCCGAGCAGCUGCAAAACAACCGCAACCCCUUCAUCGAUGAUCCCAAGCUCGCUGGCCUCGUGAAGUGGUGA